GUAGCGCAGGAAGCAGAAAGUCAGCAGCGGUGUGGGUCAGUCAGAUUCGGUAAAGUUUAGUCCAGAGAAGAUCUAGGAGCUGACUAUGAAGCCUCCGCCUCGUAAGCGCACGAGGACAAGCCGGGAGCUGCGCGCGGUGCCAGAACACCAGGGGAGGAGCCUGUGUAAGUGGCCGGGGAGCGAACAGAGGAAGCUGCUGACCGCUCUCACCAAACUGCGCCCCAGAGACCUGUCCGGAGAGCCGCUGGACCCGGAGCGAGUCAAGGAGCGGCUGCCUUCACGCACGCUGGAAGAGAUAAACUCUGUUCUGGACAGUCUGAAGGAGAAGGUGGUCUUAUUUGCCAAGACCAAGCAGCGUGCAGAGAGGAGGGAGCAGAGGAGAGACAGGAGACCGUUGGAGCUAUGGAUGCAGGAGGCCUCUGCUGUGAGCGGAGGACAGGUGGAAGAGGCCCUCUCCCUGGCCUUCACCCAGGUGCUAACUGUGGCAUCCACCGAGCCGUGUUCGCUAAAGGGCAACACGUCUCAUAUCCAUCACAGCACAGAUAGACCACUGUCUAAAGGUAUGUGUCCAGCCUCGAAUCCAUCACCACUGCUUAGCCAGUCACCAUCAGUGUCCAAAAGUCCAUCUGUCCAGUCUCCUGUUGUUACUGAGAAAGUGAAGAAACCCAGUCUGCAGACACAUGCUACGAGGCAUGAUCGGAAGGCCCAAAGCUCAGUAGUCCCCAGCACGCACCCCCAGCUGACUGCGAGAAUCACCGCCCUCCCCAGCUCCAUGGGGGAGGUGAGCUUUGAGAAGAUCUACCAAUAUCUCAGUGCCCUCCAUAGGCCCAGCCAGCCAUGCAAGCUCAGCCCUAUGGAGAGUGCAGUAGUUCUGGAUCUCCUGAUGGCUCUCCCUGAGGAGCUCCUUGUUCUGGACUCUGAUCCACUCAUUCAGCGUUUCACCCAGUCAUACCAGAAUCUGUUAUCGGGUGCUGACAAAAUGGUCAAACAACAGCAGCCCGCAGGAAUACCACCUCCAAACCACCAACAAUCUCCAACCGGACUCACAGACCACAACCAACCACCACAAACCGGACCUCCACACCACCAACCACCACCAAACGGACCCCCAGACCACCACCAACCUUCAUCCAGACCCACAAAUCACCAGCAACCACCUACAACCGGACCCACAGAGCACCAGCAACCACCUACAACCGGACCCACAGAGCACCAGCAACCACCUACAACCGGACCCACAGAGCACCAGCUCCCUACAACUGGAUCCACAGCCAAACAAGAUCCUCCAACCGCACCGACAAACCACCAGCCCCCCCCAACCAGACCCACAGAGACUCAAGGGGACAGUAGCAUCCGGAAUACUAGUCUCAGGCAAAAUGCUCCACUCAACCCUUUUCUCAUCCCGGUCAGCCUGAUGUCCCGUAAGGCUCAGACAGACACGUGACACAACUUAUAUUCCAUCAUUAAGUAUUAUGGAGGAUUGUUAAGGGCACUGUACCAUAUUUUUUCUGUGUACUUGAGCAAAAUUUGUUUUACCCCAGUACCAAUGUAUUGUAUAAACAGCUCUUAAAGAAGAAAUAAAACAGCUGUAUGCAGUGUGCAUCUAAUUGUAAAGUGUGUUAUCCUCUGAAAAUCUGGAAGUGCUCUGUUAGCAUGCUAGUUGUUGCUAGCAUUAGCGCUAGCCUCUCAAAUUUGUGAAAUAUCAUAACUCAUUGCAGUGAAGGUAAGUGAGGAAUAACUUAGGACCACUGCAAACUGUUUAAAAUGAAAUAGUUCUGUUUUUCAUAUUUUGAAGACCGUAAAAUCAAGUACAGUGCCUUUAAGGUACUUUUGGGCACCUGAGUGCGCAUUCAGGCUAAGGCUGAGGCUUUUUAAAUAAAAACAACACACAUUUUGGAUGGCAGCAGACCACAGUAGUAAGUAACUCAUGGACAUAACCAUAUUUUAAUUGUAUCGAAAGGAGUCAGUGGAUGGAUGGUGUCCUACGCUCUUUUUGUUAUGCUUGCUAGCACUUUUCCAAAUUAUUGUUUAUUUAAAUCACCAUUAGCAUCAGUUGUUUGAUGCACUUUAUGGUCCGGCGGCAGACCCCAGCAUUUGACAAGAAUGUUAAAAAGUGACUGGCAGGUCAGGCAAUAGAAAAAUCCAUAUUGGACUAUACAGUAUGUAACUUUCUGGAGGUUGCACCUACAUGAUUCCAUAGAAAUGGAAAGUUAAAACCAUACUUUUGAACAUUCUCCAUGGAGAUAGAUAAGUUUCCAUGGUAACAAGCAAUAAGAGGUCCUCCUCUCAGUGAGUCAAGUUUAGGGAGAUCCAAAUGUGCUCACAGUUUAGAACAAACUUUUUACAUAUUGUAGCUUUAAAUAUCAGUACUAAUAUCCAGUUACUCAGUAGUACUUGAGUAGUUUAAGUAACAGUUCUCCAUCCACCUCUUCCUAACUAAAUUGGGUACAACAAUUAAAAUUUUCAUUUUAGACAUUUCAUUCAAAAACUGCAUUCCUCCCAUUAAAUCAUUUGCACCCCACCCUUUCAUUUACACAACUCCCUGAACAAAAACCCAACCUGUUACUGCUCGUUACCAUGGAAACGUUCACUCUAGUCUCGUAUUUGUCCGGACAAUUGCACACCUUAUUGCCAUGGACUUUUGAACACACCUUUCAAGUUGACAAAUUUACAACUUUAAUCAGGAAAUCUUUUAUACCCCUUAUUGCUCCAUCUGCAGUUAUGAGUAGUUUUUUUUUCACAUAAAACUUUUUCCAGGAGGUGUCGUCUGGAUCAAAGUACUAGUUUUAUUGCGAUAUGGAACAUGGAACAGCUCAUAUUUGUGUCUGUUGACGCCCUGUAUUGGAGUUGAGAGGGGUCAAAAAUCACCAUCUUUCGGGCCCACCCAAACACUCCCUGCUCCUAUCAGGUUACACAUUCACCAGUUUGCAACAUCACUUCUACAUUUUUUAUAAUCACAUAUUAUUGGCUGUCAUGUAAGAAGUAGAACUUUCAAGUUGAUCAAAUAGCAUUUUUGUUUAGUGUACUUCACUGUAAAUAAGUUACAUGUUGAUUUUGAAUUAUGUAUUAAAGUAACAGUAUGUCACAGAACCAUGAAACAGAAAUUAAAAACCGUACUUGUAAGCCCACUCAGAGUAAAGAUGCGUGUUUGCAAUAAAAAUGAACAUGAUACU